GAUGAUUGCUCCUGACAGCAGCGACCCCCGCUGUGCUUGUAAAGGCGUCCGCCGCUGUCUGGUGUGUGAGCAGGUGAAGGGAACGAGUCACUUGGAGCCGAGUGAACCUGAGGUUGUGCAUCAUUUUCUCUACAAUCCUGAGACAAGACUGGCUGUUAGCGAUGAUGCAGAGGCUUUGUCCUUCCCCUUUCCUGGUGUCUUCCUGUGGGAGAACUUCAUAUCAGAAGCAGAGGAGAAGGCGCUGAUAAGCUCCAUGGACCAGGAUGUGUGGAAUCUGUCCCAGUCUGGGCGAAGGAAACAGGACUUUGGUCCAAAGGUGAACUUCAAGAAAAAGAAAGUACGUGUGGCUGGCUUCAGUGGGCUCCCUGCUUUAAGCCAAGAACUAGUGCUCAGGAUGCAGCAGGAGCCCAGUCUCUCCUGCUUCCAGCCAGUGGAGCAGUGCAAUCUGGAUUACCAUCCUCAGCGAGGCUCUGCCAUCGACCCACACCUCGACGACUCCUGGUUGUGGGGGGAGCGCCUGGUCACCAUCAACAUGUUAUCAGACACCACUCUCACCAUGUCGCUUGAACAGGGUCUGCCUGAGCUGGGACUGGGAGGGGAUGUCCAGGUAGCCUUGCAUCUCCCUCGCAGAUCUUUGGUGGUGUUAUACGACGAGGCACGGCACAGGUGGAAACACGGCAUUCACAGGGAGCAUGUUCAUGAGCGUAGAGUUUGCAGCACCUACAGAGAGCUGUCUGCAGAGUUCCUACCUGGAGGGCAGCAGGCAGAGCUGGGUGCGCAGCUGUUGGACAUGGCUUUGAGUUUUCAAGGAACUCCAAUAUGAGCUGAUCUGAUGAUGGCAAAGAAAAACUGUAUAAUCAGAGAUGGGAGUCUGGACUACAUGGACAUGUCUUGAACUGUUCUGCAUU